CAAAUACAACCAAGCCAAUAUUUCCCCUCGAGCCAAAUGUUCACCUAAGCCUUGCCUUGCUCUGCUCUAUGUUUUCUUGUUUCUUCUGCUGCUUCUUCCCUAGCUCUGUUUCGAUUUUUAAUCAGAGGCUACUUCUCUUCAAAUCAAUCAAGACUUGUAUUUCCCAUUUUAGGAAGAGGAAUGAAUCAUAACUUCCCAUCUGCUAUGACAAGUCCAGCACCGCCAGACCAAUCAAUUCCGUUGGUUGGAUAUAGAUUCCACCCGACCGAUGAUGAACUGGUUGAUCAUUUUUUGAAGCUUAAGAUGCUUGGUCGUGAUAAUGUCAAGCCACCGAUCCCUCAAAUUAAAGUUUGUGAUUUUGAGCCUUGGGAUAUUCCUGCUCUUGUCAACACAAACUUUGAGGAUCAAGUGUGGUAUUUCUUUUGUGCCCGCGACUACAAGUAUUUGCAUAGUCGGCGGUCUAACCGAACAACUAAGGCUGGAUACUGGAAACCUACCGGCAAGCCUCGCAAGGUGAAGGCCAAGCGUACCAAGGAAGAGAUUGGUACAAAAAGAAGUUUGGUCUUUUAUAUUAAAGAUCAUCCUAAACCGAGAAGGACCAAAUGGAUCAUGCACGAAUAUGAAUGCAUUCCUAAUUCCACCUUGGCAACUCAGGGGAAUUUCCUUCUCUAUAAAUUAAAGUCGAGGCCGGAUGCAAACAUCAACCAAGGGGAACCAAGUCAGACGACUUUGGCUUCGGAUCUUGAAAAUCAAGCUCUAAAUGAGAUGGUUGUUAAUUUCUCAUCGGAUGUGUAUGAACAGGGCAUUCCUUCGGCUGUGGAUUUAGAUUGUAAUAAUCUGAGUAAGACUAUGUCAACCUAUGAGAAAGGAGAGCGGAACCGCCUCGUAGAGGUAACCACUGAUUCCGCUGGUGAUGAAGUUGAAUCACGUUAUUGUUUGGGUUAUGAACUAGAAGCUCAAAAUCCGAAUGAGGCGACUCCUGCGUCAUCCUGUAAGACGAUGGAUUUUGAUUUGCAAAAUCCUGAUCAGAAAACGGACAUAUCAGAAGCCUCUGAAGAAGGUGAAUGGAGUCCUGCACUCACACCCUCGGGGAAAAGUGAUAUGUCCGCUUCGUCAAUUGCUGCUGAUUUAGAAAAUAAUGCAGCAAAGGGUACAAUAUUUGAGGUAGAUCCUCUAGAGACAUUUUAUAAUGGAUUGGAAGCAUUCCUUGAGCUAGAAGAGGACUUUAACGCUGCACUUCUACCUCGUACGAGCACAAACGAAAGCCUCUCUUACACUAGAUUUGAUAUGCCUCUGUUCUUACAGGGGUACUAGCUAAAAUAUGUCUGUAAGACAGAUCUAUGUCCAUGUCCUUAACUUCUUAUUAGAAACCCAAAAACAUAAAUGCAACUUGAAGCUGUAAUCCUCCAACUUGUACCCUAAAUCUUAAUUUAUAGAUCUAUAUAUUAUUAUCUUACGAGAUGUUAAUAUUUUGA